UGCUUAUUCAGGCUAGGGAGAGGAGCGGAGUGGAGGGGCGAGCGAGGCUCUGGCUGCGCAGGGGAGCCCGGGGAGGCGGCGGCGCGCGGCAGAGCCAGUGGCCGGACAUGCCCCGGACUCGGGGCCGCUGCACCACUACCGCCGCCGCCCGGAGCCAGUCGGCCGGACGUCCUCACGCCUGGGUUCCCCCGGGCCGCGCCCCCCGGGGGCUGGGACCCAGACCCUCGGCGUCCGACCAACAAUAAACGCCAGACAACCCCCUCCCCGCCCCGCGCCCGCCCGUCGUCCCCGCUGGCCUCGGGGAAAGUGAAAGGAGGAGGCGAAGCAAGCAAGGAAGGAAGGAAGGAAGGCAGGAAGGCAGGAAGGAAAGAAGGAAGGAAGGAAGGAAGGAAGGAAGGAAGGAAGGAAGGAAGGAAGGAAGGAGCAGGAGCCGGAGCCUUGAGGUUCGGGGCCGAGACCCCAGCCCCGAGCCCAGGGCCGGCUGGGUGUGCGCGCUCUUCCGCCACUGCCCGGCACCCACAGCCAUGCUCCUCGAUUGGGAGGCAGGAACCUAGGCGUCCAGCGAUCCCCGGAUACCCUCUCCUGGGCCGGGAUGGUAUAGAGAUCAAGGCGUCCAGGAUCUAAAGAUCACCUCCUGCCCGCCUCCCUCCGCACCUCCAACUGGCGAGCAGGAGGAUCCCACUCCACCCACCGACCCUGACCUGGUCAUGGCGUCCACCUCCGGCCUGGCGUGAGGACCCCCGACCCGCAAGAGGAUAGGGGAGAAGUAGUGUGGUUGGGGAGCUUGUUGGUCCUGGCUGCCAGCCAAUCCACAGAAGUCCUGGAGGGGGCAGGGUGUCUCAGUAGCUCAAAGACUUCCAAGACCUGCAGGCCAUGGUCCCUGCUCCAGUACCGAGUACCUGGCUGGGCCCUGGGCACGCACAGGGGCCGUAGCCCCACUGUGUGUGGGAGCCAUGAGGAUCCUGGCUAACAAGACAAGGUUACCCCACCCCAGGAGGAGAGAAGCUCCAGGGAGCCCGCCAUUGUCCCCCCGUGGCCACUGCCCCCCUGCCCCAUCCAAGCCAAUGCACCCAGAAAAUAAGUUGACCAAUCAUGGCAAGACAGGGAAUGGUGGGGCCCAAUCCCAGCACCAGAAUGUGAAUCAAGGACCCACCUGCAACCUGGGCACAAAGGGUGUGGGGGUGGGAAACCAUGGGGCCAAGGCCAACCAGAUUUCACCUGGCAACUCAAGUCUGAAGAAUACCCAGGCAGGGGUGCCCCCUUUCAGCUCUCUCAAGGGCAAAGUGAAGAGGGAGCGGAGUGUGUCUGUGGACUCUGGAGAGCAGCGAGAGACUGGAACUCCAUCCCUGGAUUUAGAGGCCAAAGGUGCCACCCAUGAUGGGGCCACACAGAGUGAUGGGGUUUCUGAAGUGGCACCCCGGAGCAAGCGGCGUUGUGUGCUGGAGCGGAAGCAGCCGUACAGCGGGGACGAAUGGUGCUCCGGACCAGACAGUGAGGAGGAUGACAAGCCCAUUGGGGCCACCCACAAUUGUAAUGUAGCAGACCCAGCCAUGGCGGCCCCGCAGCUGGGUCCUGGCCAAGCUACCCAACUUCCCCUCAGUGAAAGCAGUACACCAGGGCCUCCACAUGGGCCUCCCCCAGGCCUUCGGCCUGAUGCCCCUGGGGGUGGAGGUGUCCCUGGAAAGCCUCCCUCACAGUUCGUGUAUGUCUUCACCACUCACCUGGCCAACACGGCUGCGGAGGCAGUACUGCAGGGUCGGGCUGACUCCAUCCUUGCCUACCACCAGCAGAAUGUGCCCCGGGCCAAGCUCGACCAGGCCUCUAAAGUGCUGUCCACCCCAGAGCCGCUACCCUUGAGCACAUCAUCAGCAGGCACACCACAGUCCCAGGCACCUUCAUUGCCACCACCACCACCUCCAGCCCCUGGCAGUGCCCCCCCUGCUCUGCCUUCUGAGGGACCUCCUGAGGACACCAAUCAGGACCUGACACCCAACUCAGUGGGAGCUGCCAGCACGGGCGGUGGGACUGGGGGUACCCACCCUAAUACCCCUACAACUGCUACCAACAACAAUCCUCUGCCUCCUGGAGGAGACCCCAGCAGUGCCCCUGGCCCUGCCCUACUAGGGGAGGCUGCCCCCACAGGAAAUGGGCAGCGGAGCCUGGUGGGCUCAGAGGGCCUGUCCAAGGAGCAGCUGGAGCAUCGGGAACGUUCCCUCCAGACACUUCGAGACAUUGAGCGACUGUUGCUCCGCAGCGGGGAGACUGAGCCUUUCCUCAAGGGGCCCCCGGGAGGAGCAGGUGAGGGGGGACCACCAGCACAAGCCCCUCUUGCCCCCCAGCAGCCACCCACGGCCCCUCCCAGUGGGCUGAAGAAGUAUGAGGAGCCCUUGCAGUCCAUGAUUUCUCAGACACAGAGCCUAGGGGGCCCCCCGUUGGAGCAUGAAGUGCCUGGGCAUCCCCCGGGCGGGGAUAUGGGGCAGCAGAUGAACAUGAUGAUGCAGAGGCUGGGCCAGGACAGCCUGACACCAGAGCAGGUGGCCUGGCGCAAGCUGCAGGAAGAGUACUAUGAGGAGAAGCGGCGGAAGGAGGAGCAGAUUGGGCUGCAUGGGGGCCGGCCUCUGCAAGACAUGAUGGGCAUGGGGGCCAUGAUGGUGAGGGGGCCACCGCCUCCCUACCACAGCAAGCCUGGGGAUCAGUGGCCACCUGGAAUGGGCACUCAGCUGCGGGGGCCCAUGGAUGUCCAAGAUCCCAUGCAGCUCCGGGGCGGACCUCCCUUCCCUGGCCCCCGUUUCCCAGGCAACCAGAUGCAACGGGUGCCUGGGUUUGGGGGUAUGCAGGGUAUGCCAAUGGAGGUGCCUAUGAAUGCUAUGCAGAGGCCUGUGAGGCCAGGUAUGGGCUGGACCGAAGACUUACCCCCAAUGGGGGCGCCCAGCAAUUUUACCCAGAACCCUGUGCCCUACCCAGGUGGGCAGAGUGAAGCAGAACGAUUCAUGACCCCUCGGGUUCGUGAGGAGCUGCUGCGGCACCAGCUGCUGGAGAAGCGGUCACUGGGCAUGCAGCGCCCUGUGGGCAUGGCCAGUGGUGGUGGCAUGGGGCAGGGAGUGGAGAUGGAACGGAUGAUGCAGGCGCACAGGCAGAUGGAUCCAGCCAUGUUCCCUGGGCAGAUGGCUGGUGGUGAGGGACUGGCAGGCACUCCCAUGGGCAUGGAGUUUGGCGGAGGCCGGGGCCUUCUGAGCCCUACCAUGGGCCAGUCUGGGCUGAGGGAGGUGGACCCACCCUUGGGGCCAGGCAACCUCAACAUGAACAUGAAUGUGAACAUGAACAUGAACAUGAACUUGAAUGUACAGAUGACCCCGCAGCAGCAGAUGCUGAUGUCACAGAAGAUGCGGGGUCCAGGGGACAUGAUGGGGCCACAGGGCCUCAGUCCUGAGGAUAUGGCCCGAGUGCGGGCUCAGAACAGCAGUGGCAUGGUAGGCGGCCCACAGAAGAUGCUGAUGCCCUCACAGUUUCCCAACCAGGGCCAGCAGGGGUUCUCUGGUGGCCAAGGACCCUACCAAGCCCUGGCGCAGGACAUGGGCAAUACCCAAGAUAUAUUCAGCCCUGACCAGAACUCAAUGCCCAUGGGCAAUGUGGGGACAACCCGGCUUAGCCACAUGCCUCUGCCCCCUGUGUCCAAUCCUUCAGGGCCUGUGCAUUCAGCUCCAAAUCGGGGGCUGGGUAGACGGCCUUCGGACCUUACCAUCAGUAUUAAUCAAAUGGGCUCACCAGGCAUGGGGCACCUGAAGUCGCCCACACUUAGCCAGGUGCACUCACCCCUGGUCACCUCGCCCACUGCCAACCUGAAGUCACCCCAGACUCCCUCACAGAUGGUGCCCUUGCCUUCCGCCAAUCCACCAGGACCUCUCAAGUCACCCCAGGUCCUCAGCUCCUCUCUCAGUGUCCGUUCGCCCACUGGCUCUCCCAGCAGGCUCAAGUCUCCUUCCAUGGCGGUGCCUUCUCCAGGCUGGGUUGCCUCACCCAAGACAGCCAUGCCCAGCCCUGGGGUCCCUCAGAACAAGCAGCCGCCUCUCAACAUGAACUCUUCCACCACCCUGGGCAACAUGGAACAGGGUGCCGUUCCGCCUAGCGGUCCCCGGAGCAGCUCCUCAGCACCUCCCACCAACCCUCCCAGUGGCCUCAUGAACCCCAGCCUGCCAUUUACUUCCUCUCCAGAUCCCACACCUUCCCAGAACCCUCUGUCAUUGAUGAUGUCCCAGAUGUCCAAGUAUGCCAUGCCCAGCUCCACCCCGCUCUACCACAAUGCCAUCAAGACCAUCGCCACCUCAGAUGAUGAGCUGCUGCCUGAUCGGCCCCUGCUUCCCCCACCGCCACCACCGCAGGGCUCCGGGCCAGGGAUCAGCAAUAACCAGUCCAACCAGAUGCACCUGAACUCAGCUGCUGCCCAAAGCCCCAUGGGCAUGAACCUGCCAGGCCAGCAGCCCCUGUCCCAUGAGCCCCCACCUACCAUGUUGCCCUCCCCCACCCCUCUGGGUUCCAACAUUCCACUGCACCCCAAUGCUCAGGGGACAGGGGGACCACCUCAAAAUUCAAUGAUGAUGGCUCCAGGGGGCCCAGACUCCCUGAAUGCCCCCUGCGGCCCUAUGCCCAGCUCCUCCCAGAUGAUAUCUUUCCCAACUCGGCUGCAGCAGCCCCAUGGUGCCAUGGCUCCUGGCGGGGGUGGAGGUGGGGGGCCUGGCCUGCAGCAGCACUACCCUUCAGGCAUGCCCCUGCCUCCUGAAGACCUGCCCAACCAGCCACCUGGCCCCAUGCCCCCUCAGCAGCACUUGAUGGGCAAAGGCAUGGCUGGGCGCAUGGGUGAAGCAUACCCACCGGGUGUGCUCCCUGGGGUGGCAUCAGUGCUGAAUGACCCUGAGCUGAGCGAAGUGAUCCGGCCCACCCCAACGGGAAUCCCCGAAUUUGACUUGUCAAGGAUCAUCCCCUCUGAGAAGCCAAGCAGCACCCUCCAGUACUUCCCCAAGAGCGAGAACCAGCCCCCCAAGGCCCAGCCCCCCAACCUCCAUCUCAUGAACUUGCAGAACAUGAUGGCUGAGCAAACUCCCUCACGGGCCCCCAACCUCCCAGGCCAGCAGGGUGUCCAGCGGGGGCUCAACAUGUCGAUGUGCCACCCUGGACAGAUGUCCUUGCUGGGCAGGACAGGUGUGCCCCCACAGCAAGGCAUGGUGCCUCAUGGCCUGCAUCAGGGGGUCAUGUCUCCUCCACAAGGCCUCAUGACCCAGCAGAAUUUCAUGCUGAUGAAGCAGCGGGGCAUGGGUACCGAGGUCUACAGCCAGCCCCCCCACAUGCUCUCCCCACAGGGCUCCCUCAUGGGCCCUCCGCCCCAGCAGAACCUCAUGGUGUCCCACCCCUUGCGGCAGCGCAGUGUGUCUCUGGACAGCCAGAUGGGCUACCUCCCUGCACCAGGCAGCAUGGCCAACUUGCCCUUCUAGCUCUCCAUUAUUGGGUCUGGAGCUGGGGCAAUAUUGCAAAUAUGAUAACCUGAAAAUAUUUUCUUCCCCUCCAGUGUUGGGAUGACCUGGGGUCAAGGGGCGGGUUGGAAGGGGUGGGAGGGGGCUUGUGUGGGAAAUGGCAUUUGUGGCAACCAGAUGUGCUGGCAGAUUAGUGGGAAUGGCAGAGUGGGGUGGGGGGCUUUGGGUAGGGGUUCGUUCCAUUUUGGCCAUCAGAAUGCCCCUCCCUUACUCCCAAGACCUAUGGAACCUCUUCCCUAUGUCUCUGCACUUGCCCUCAUUCAGCUGUGUAUGGAAUCCUUUGGGGAGAGAGGAAGGGGAAGUGAAAUCUCUGUUCUCUAUCCCUUUCCUUUCUGCCUCUGUCUCUUCAGUGCUCCAGCUUCACUUUU